CUUAGGGUCAAUAUAUAUACUUUUGUAUCUCCCUCUAGUGGUGCAGAAACAGGGUGAGUUUUGAUCCUUUGGGAAAUCCGUGGUUCAGCAAGAAGGAAGGCAUGGAGGCUAAUGGGAGGUUGGAUCAGCAGCACCAAGUCAGAAAGCAAAAAAUGGACACAUUCCAAGAUGUAUUCCAGAAAGUAGAGAAGAUUGGAGAGGGCACCUAUGGAGUCGUGUACAAAGCAAGAAACAAGCAAACAGGCCAGUUAGUUGCUCUGAAGAAAAUCCGACUUGAUUCAGAGACAGAAGGAGUACCUAGUACAGCAAUCAGAGAAAUCUCACUGUUAAAAGAAUUGAAACAUCCAAAUAUAGUGAGGCUCCUUGAUGUAGUACAUAAUCAAAAGAAGCUAUACUUAGUCUUUGAAUAUUUGAAUCAAGAUCUUAAAAAGUACAUGGACUCAUCUCGUACAGGAGAGCUUCCUCUAAGCUUAGUCAAGAGCUAUCUUUACCAACUGUUACAAGGUGUAAGCUUCUGCCAUUCUCAUAGAGUUAUCCACAGAGACCUGAAGCCACAGAAUUUGCUCAUAAACGAAAUGGGAGCCAUCAAACUAGCCGAUUUUGGCCUAGCUAGAGCUUUUGGAGUUCCCCUACGUACUUACACACAUGAGGUGGUAACCUUAUGGUAUCGGGCUCCUGAAAUUUUACUGGGCUGUAAAUAUUACUCGACAGCUGUGGAUAUAUGGAGCAUUGGCUGUAUCUUUGCAGAAAUGGUGACUAGAAAAGCCUUGUUUCCUGGAGACUCUGAAAUUGACCAAUUAUUCCGGAUUUUCCGCACACUUGGUACUCCUACUGAACCACUGUGGCCAGGAGUCACAAAUCUUCCUGACUAUAAAGGAAACUUCCCCAAAUGGCCAAGGAAAGAUAUGAAGGUGAUAAUUCCAAACUUGGAUCAAGAUGGACGGGAUUUACUGCUGCAACUACUAAUGUAUGAUCCCAACAAGCGAAUCUCAGCCAAAGCAGCUUUGAACCACCAAUAUUUCUGGCAAGCUCCACGGGAUGCUAAACAGUGUGUGGUAGAACAGUAUGGGCCAUGAGAUUAAGAAGUUCUGGUUAAUGCUUUGCUGGAAAUAGCUACCGGAUCGUCUCAUUCUAAACAACGUAGCAAAGGAACAGCUGUAACCGCCAUUAAAAAUGUUCUUGGCCUUUUGCCCAGUUUAAUAUUCAUGCAAACAUUUUGACAAUUGUAAAUGGUACAGAUCCUUGUAAGGACUGAUAGUUCUUCUUUAACAAAAGUGAAAAAGCUUGAUACUUUUAGUAUACGAAAAAGAGUAGUACGACAUGCUAUCAGAGAAGUGGAAAGAGAAAAAAGUUUAACUAAAUCCAGUUUCUGUAAUAUAUUAUUCACUCUUUGCUGCAGUUCAAGUACUAGCAUUACAAGAUAUGGUUAUUAUUAUUUAGAUUAGGCUAGCACAUCCUACAGUAGCCUAGGCACCGAUGUUGAUUUUUCUUUUUUUAAUAUGAACUCAUGCUAUAUUUCACAACACUACUGAAAACUAACCAUGCCAAAAAAAAAAGUGUUUGUGUUUGUGUGUGGAGGAACAAGAUAUUACAGAGACACACAGAAAUAUGUUAUUCUUGAGUUUCUUUCUAUACUUAUCCAUCAUAAAAAACAAGAGCUUUGUAUCAUCUAUUCUAGACUAUUAAAUAAUUAAGAGGCUUCUUUAGCUGCAGUUUGGGUUUUCAGAAAUAUUAUAGUUUCUAAUUAAAUAAAAAUAUCAAAAUCUGAUAAUCAAUAUGCCAUGACCUGAAUUAGAUAGUGUGGGACAUAAAAUAAAUGAAUAAAUAAAUAUUUGAAAAAUUAUAUUUGUUAAUCUUAGCCAAAUAUACUGGUUGAAGGUGGAGACCUUGAAAUCUCUGGAUUCUGAUGGAAACUUGACAAUACACAGAUAGAAAGAUGGAAACCUUACACUGAUUCAGGUUUCUUUUUGUGGUCUAGAGAACAGUAUAGGAAAUUACAGUAUACAAAGAAAAUUUGGAAGAAGUCAGAAGUCCUUGUUCCAUUAUGCAAAUACUGUAUUUUAUUUUAUUUUUUUUGCAUUUGUAGAAAGGCAACCUAGCAUCCAAUAGUAAUUCUUUUCUAUGGAUUUAUUUUUAAAAUGGUUGUUAAUACUUAAGAAAUUUUAUCAUUAAUUGUUGAUGUUGCUGUUAAUAUUCCUGUUUGCAUAAAUAAAAACAUGCAUCAGUAA